AAAAAUCCAACACCCUCACUCACCUGUCCAAUUCUCCAAUUCUAAAUUCCAAUAUAACAAAGCUAACAAUGGAAAAUUGUAGCCCCAAUCCCCGAAAGCUGAUCAAGUCCCUCUUCCCAAUUCUUCUAAUUAUAUUAUUAUUCACAAUAUCCAAAGCACAUGCCAACUCCAAUUCCAACUUCAUCAAAUCCAAAUGCAAUAUCACAACAUACCCUACCAUUUGCCUAAACACCCUUCUCCCUUAUGCCUCUUCUGUCCAAAGUAACCCUAUCAAGCUCUGUGACACUGCCCUUGACAUAGCCAUAGAUGGCGCGCGAAACGCUUCCGACAUGGUAUCAGAGCUUGGGAAAAAGAAAGGGAUUACGAAAUACGAGGCGGCUGCCAUUAAAGACUGCAUUGGUGACUUGAAAGAUGCAGUGUAUGAGUUGAAAGAGACACUUGGUGCCAUGGAUCAUCUUAAUGAUCCAGACAAGGAUUUUCAAUGGGAUAAUGCUAAGACUUAUGCAAGUGCUGUCAUAAGUGAUGCAAAUUCUUGCUUGGAUGGUUUCUCUGAUAGGAAAGUGAAUCCUGCUGUGAAGAAUAAGAUUAGUGCUACCAUUUCUUAUGUUACUAAACUUUCUAGCAAUGCUUUGGCUUUUAUAAAUCACCUUUACUGAAAUUUAUAAUAUAUGUUAAAUUAUAUGAACUUUUAUUUUAAUUUGUUGGUGGAUGAAAAUAUGUUUCUUCAUUUUCUUUUUGUGUUAAAAUUUUGUAAUAUGAUUGUUUCUUCUCUUUU